AUGCCUGCUCCAGUUUUUGACGAUAUCAACUCCGAAACAAAGUCUGGUAAAGGCGUUGGUGGUAUUUCAGGGGCCCACCGCACGCCCAGCCUGCUCGCCAAGUUCUUGGACUCGCACAAAGAACUCAAGAGCUACAGGAAUGGUCGCCCGGUGAAAGUAGAUGGCCACACACUGUCUAUCGCAGCUGUCACAGCUGCUGCACGAUACAACGCCACAGUGACCUUCGACAGUUCACCCCAAGUUAGAGCCAACGUUAUGAAGAGUCGUGCUGUCAUCGCCGACAAGGUCGACAAUGGAACGAGCGUAUAUGGAGUUUCUACUGGAUUUGGUGGAAGCGCGGACACUCGAACCGACCAACCUCUCAAGCUGGGACAGGCAUUGCUACAACACCAACAUACUGGAGUAUUACCGAGUUCAAAUAAGACGCUUGACGUUCUCCCACUACUCGACCCUAUGGCUUCCACUAGCAUGCCCGAGUCGUGGGUUCGUGGCGCGAUGCUAGUGAGGAUGAACUCGUUGAUACGUGGCCAUUCGGGAGUUCGGUGGGAGCUGCUUGAAAAGAUAAACGAGCUUCUUCGCGCAAACAUCACUCCCGUGGUACCUCUCCGCUCUAGCAUCUCGGCAUCCGGCGAUUUGUCUCCGCUAUCUUAUAUCGCUGGAACAUUAAUUGCGAACCCCUCCAUUCGCGUAUUUGAUGGCCCCAAGAAGUUUGGUGCACGCAAGAUGGUCAGCUCGAAAGAUGCGCUCUCUUCGCACGGUAUUCAGCCAAUCAGCCUGGUCUCUAAAGAAGGAUUGGGGAUCUUGAACGGAACCGCUUUUUCUGCUUCAGUUGCUUCCCUUGCCCUCAAUGAUGCCGUUCAUCUGGCACUCUUAGCCCAAAUAUGCACUGCACUCGGUACCGAGGCCCUUAGUGGAACCCUCGGAAAUUACGAUCCAUUCAUUCACGCUACUGCACGGCCGCACCCCGGUCAAGUUGAGUCGGCAAGCCACAUAUGGAACCUCCUACAGGGAUCGAAAUUAGCUAACACACACGAGGAGGAGGUAUCCAUCACUCAGGACAAGUACUCGCUCCGCCAAGACCGAUAUCCUCUUAGGACCGCACCUCAAUUCCUCGGACCCCAAAUUGAGGACAUCUUGUCUGCCUUGUCUACGGUGAUUCAGGAAUGCAACUCGAGUAGGUGCAUUCCGCAAAGCGAUUUCGUCCACCAUGGCGGUAACUUCCAGGCCAUGGCUGUCUCCAAUGCAAUGGAAAAGACCAGGCUAGCACUUCAUCAUAUCGGGAGACUACUCUUUGCUCAAAGCACCGAACUCGUAAAUCCGGCCAUGAACCACGGUUUACCUCCCUCUCUGGCUGCGUCGGAUCCAUCUUUGAACUACCAUGGUAAAGGCGUUGAUAUCGCAACCGCCGCGUAUGUUGCGGAGCUCGGAUACCUAGCCAGUCCCGUUACAACCCACAUUCCGUCGGCUGAGAUGCAUAAUCAAGCUGUCAAUUCGUUGGCGUUAAUUUCGGCUCGUGCAACUGUCAAUGCUUUGGAGGUUUUGACUAUGCUUAUGUCCUCCUAUCUCUACCUGUUGUGUCAAGCUGUUGACCUUCGAGCUUUACGAAGAGAGUUCAAUACGAGACUUCGAGCAAUCCUCUCAGAAGAGCUAUCAGCUAUCCUGGGAUCUCAACUUUCCUCUCAAGAAAUCAACAUCUCCGUUUCUUCCAUGUGGGAAGUGGUUCAGAACACCUUGGAUAAGACGAGCACCAUGGAUGCAGUUGAUCAAAUGAGAGAAGUCGCAACGGCAUGUAUCCCUGCACUGAUCGAAACCGUUUCACGUUCGAAUGCUGCCAGUAAUGCCCUCUCAUCCAUAUCCCAAUUCCGUACAAACGUGUCCUCUAAGGCUACCAAGCUUAUGAGUGAGCUUCGCUCUAGUUACCUUUCGGGCGGGCGGGGAGCGGCACCUGCUAGCCUUUACUUGGGUAAGACGCGGGCGGUGUAUGAAUACAUCCGUAUCAGCCUUGGCGUCAGGAUGCAUGGAGCAGAAAACUUCGGCAGUUUCCCCAACGGUCUAGGUGUCGACGACGUUACCAUUGGUCAGAAUAUUACCGCUAUAUUUGAGGCUAUUCGAGAUGGAAAAUUCCAAGACACUGUCGCUGAUUUAUUCGAAGCUUUGCCUCGCGCCAAGUUAUAA